AUGAAGAUCUUAGCUUUACUAAAUAUAAAAUUUGCUUAUUCUUUUUAUUGUGGCUUUGACGGUGGAGAUUUCUGCGAAAAUUGGACUGGACCAGAGAAAUGGUCGAUUUCACGAGAUUGGGGCUCAGAUUUGGAGCACUUCGUUAGAGCAAAGUUUGAAGAAGAUGAUGAAGAAAUAGUUCUAGAGCUACCGAAGGUUGAAUUAGUCGCGGAAACACAUUAUUGCUUCGAGUUUUUCUACCGCAGCUGGUUUGAAAAUGGAUCCGCUGGGGUUAGAUUUACAGAGCCGUUUCUUGGAUUUGAAGAAAUUGGUUGGUAUGAGAACUUGUCCGCUUCAAAUAAAUGGGAAAGAGUAAGAGUACCUCUUUUGGGAACUGAUUUUCCAGAGCUCAAUAUUGAGAUCAUCUCGAAAGGAACAAAGGAUGGGAAGAUCAAUUUUGACGAGUUUUCUUUGCACAAGAAAAAAUGCAAGCACUUAUGCGACGGAGACGAUUUUACUUGUUUCAAGAUAAAAGGUUGUGUUCCUCGAUCGAAAAUUUGCGAUGGAAUAAAUGACUGUAUUGAUCAAUCUGACGAAAAAUACUGCAUCGAUGGUGAGGGAUAUCAAACAACUGCUGCUCCUGACUUUUGGGAUAUUCUUGGAUCAACUCAAUCGCCAACUGAAGCUUUUGAUCUCGAUUUUCUUGUAACAACUGUUGGUCUUUUCGAUGCGUUGGAUCAGAUUCUAGCGACGACGCCAGAUCCACUUGCGGAACUUGAUGAGCUCUUGGCAACAACCCCUGAUCCCUUAGAAGAAAUUCAGCUGAUCGACUGGUUUGAAGAGCCUACAGCUUCGACCACAACAACAAUUUUUGCGCAAAUUGCUACGAAAUCUUCUACUACUACAUCAACUUCCACAUUAUUAACCAAAACCACGACAACUGAGAUGACAGCUUUUACACUGAGGGAAACAACUUCAUUGGACGAUAUUUUUGCUAAUCUCACUUCAACAACACUUAUUUCGACUUCAACAUUAACAUCAACAUCAUCUUCUUCAAUCACGGCCACAACCACAACUACAACGACUACAACAACUUAUUCUCUACCAGAAACUUGUCGAAACAAAACUCUUGGCUCUGUAGUCGAAAAUCCGCAGCAAACUAUUCUUGAGCGCGAACAGUACCAAACCUACGACCUCAGCUAUGCACUUUCGCUUUCAACCCUUUUCUACGAAGCCCAAAUUGCUGGAAAGAAACCCUCUUGGAGUCGAAUUCCUUGGCGCGGCGAUUCAGUACUUGCAGAUGGAUGCGACCUUGAGCUGGAUCUUUCGGGAGGAUUUUUUGAUGCUGGAGAUUCGGUAAAAUUUACAUAUCCAAUGGCUUUUGCAAUUAAUCUGCUCAUCUGGGGUGCGCUAGAAUUUCCGAUCGGAUAUAGAAGCGCUGGUCAAUAUGAAGCUAAUAAUAGAAUCAUUCGGUGGGGCAUUGAUUGGUUGAUGAAGGCGAAUUACGAAGAACUCAGUAUUGUAGGAAUGGUUGGCCUUCCAACGACCGAGCAUUCAUUCUGGAUUCCACCGGAGAAGAUUGAUCAUUUUCGACCUUCGUUUACUUCAAAUGAAGAAAAUCCAGCGUCAGAUUUGCUUGGCCAAGUAGCAGCAACAUUUGCCUCUGCUGCCGUCUAUUUCCAAGCUGAUGACCAGCAGCUAUCUCAAGAGCUAUUUAAUCGGUCGGUUAUCAUGACUAGAAGCUGUUUCGAGAACCAUGGCUAUCUGCACAAUGCGAUUCCAGAGCUGAAAGAAUACUACAAAAGCUGGCAUAUUGCAGACGAACAUGUUUAUGCAGCUCUUUGGGUCCAUAAAGCGGCCGUUGUUCUAGGCAACGAAUCAAUUGCGGAAGAAAUGAAGGCCUUGGCGUUUUCAUGGGAAGAACGAGCAAUCAACGGGGAUAUCGAAUACAACACAAUUUGGUGGGAAGGCGAAUCCUUCAACUGGGACUCUAAACAUCCCGCGAUUCAUUAUCUCUUCAGUAAUUUAUUCGACAACGAGCCGAGCAAAGAAAGGUUCGAAAAAUUCAAGACCUCGAUUUUUAGACGGGAAAGGACAGAAAAGGGAUACAUUUGGAUCUCAAAAUGGGGCUCGACAAGGCACAAUGCGAAUGCAAUGUUUUUGCUCGCUUUGGAUGCAAGAGAUCAAGAAGACUUUGGUUUAAUUCAGGAAGUCAAAGGGCAGAUAUAUUAUCUUCUGAAUGGACCUGUCAUUGAUGGAAAAACUGGGUCGUAUUUGAUAGGAUACGGCGAUGUCUAUCCAUCGGAGCCCCAUCAUCGGGGCUCAUCGUGCAACGGUGCUGAAGACUUCUGCGUUGAGGGAAAUAAUACAGAAGCUGUUUGGACACUCUACGGUGCUCUCGUUGGUGGAGCAGACACAGUCACAGAUGUAUUUAUCAAUGACAGAAAAAACUGGAUAACAAACGAAGUGGCACUUGAUUACAACGCUGGUUUCCAAUCAACUCUCGCGGGCCUGAUUGCGCUCGAAGACAAACUUACGACCACAACUACCACAACAACGACUUCAGCUACUCUUUCAACGACCGAAGCGCCAAGACCAACACAAGAACUUGGCUUUCAAACACUCACGUUUGUAUCUUACGGUAAGCGAUUCGACGAAACUCAAGACAUGCAAAAACGAACGCUAGAAGAAGGAAAGUACUUCAGAACUCUCAUCGGUGAUUUUUCGGACGAGUACAGCAAUCCUUGGCCACUAGAGAGAUUUGAAGAACUUGAGCGGACAGAAAUGCGCUGGUGCUUCAAACUUUUUGGGGAGCGUUUAUUAGUUGGCCAUAAAAGUGGAGUUUGGAUUCACGACGGAAGUGAAUCAAAUUGGACGUCUUUGACUGAUGGCCUCAUCCUCGAUCCUCUUGAUUUCUUUGACGGCUCAUCAAUCGAUCAGGAAUAUCUUGAUUACGUCGGCGUUGAAAGCUUCUUUCCGACGGUUGACUGGCCCUUUCUGACAAAAGAGCUCAAGAGAAGCUUAUCAUGCGAAGUUCAUAUGGGCAAAAUCUUCUUUUGCGGGCUUCAUGAAGGGAAAACAUGCGUAGUUUUCAAUGAAGAUCUUGAAUUCGAGACAUUUUUUGAAACGAAAAUUGAGCGUGAUGGCGGCGCUCUUGUUUCCUACAAGGAUAAGCUACUCUUCAUUGGUGGUCAAAAGCAAGAAAACACCCUAGGAGCACGUGGAAUUACUGAAAAUCGAAAAAGAAGGCAAGUUGGAAUGCAAAAUUUCCUAUCCGGACUUAGCACUUUCCUCGGAACCAAGGAAGCAGAGCGACAAAAUUCACCACUCAAGGAUGUCCUCGAUCUCUAUGGUGAUGUAGAAGUCAUAACUUUUCACCAUAACGAUAUCAACAACAAGACAAUAACAUUUGGACCGGAUCUUCCCCCACAGUUUCAACCUUCAACACCGCAUGAUGCUGUUUGUGUUUUCAACGAAAAUAUCUUUAUCGUCACAAAAACUCGUAAUGACGACGAUCCUCUUCAAUAUGAAACUCAUCUUCUGUCAAUUGACAAUUUGAGUAUUGACACAAGCUGGCAGUCCUACAGAAACUUGUUUCUUGAGAAAAGGGAAAAUAUGACGAUGGUUCCUUAUCAGGGAAAGCUGAUGAUUCUUGGAGGUGCUUAUAUUAAACCGUUUAACAAAUUAGCCCCGCCUUCUCCACCACCAAAUGAGUUUAUUCUAUUUGAUGAGAAAACAAAGCUGCCAAGCAAGGUAGAAAAAGAGCCUCAACUCAUGAUAUUAGCGGGAUCAUUUGGAGUUGUGAGGUAUCCUCCGGGUGAAUUCGGAGAGUGGAACUCUUGGAGUGAAUGUUCCAUCACUUGUGGGACUGGCAUUGUCACCCGGGAAAGAUAUUGUUACUCGAAACUCGUCAAACUCGUAGGAGACGCCAGGAAAGGGUUUUUUAUUGAAAACAACAGACAGACAUAA